AUGGGGGCUGGCAGGCGGCGGGGCCAGACGCAUCGGCAGCAGGGGUCGCCAUCGAUGGAGCAGCGGCAGAGGGACGAGGAGACGGUCGCCAGGGUGGAGAAGCUGCUCGGGGAGGCGGAGCUGGACGUGACGCGCCUGCGACAGAUAUCUGCCGCGCGCGGCCUGUCCAACAACAGGCUGCGGGCGCGCGUGUGGCCGCUGCUGCUGGGCGUGGACGCGGACGCCUGGCCGCACGACCGGUACGACGAGCUGGCGUGCAUGGAGCACGCGGACAGCCCCACGCUGCGGGCGGACAUCGCGCGCUCGCUGUGGAGCUUCACGGUCGGGUGGAGUGAUGAGGCGAGGCAGGAGAAGAGGGAGGCCCUGAUGAGGCUGCUCAACGCCGUGGUGAACCACAGCGCGGGUGAUGUGCGGUACUACCAGGGUCUGCAUGACAUCGCCUCCGUGCUGCUCCUCACUGUGGGCGAGCGCCUGGCCUUCCCCAUCCUGUGCAGGCUGGCGACCUGCCACCUGCGAGACUGCACGCGGCCCACCCUGGAGCCUGUCGCUGAGCUCCUGCAGCUCCAAGUGCCCAUCCUGGACAUGACUGACCGGCCACUGGCCCGUGUGCUGGAGGGCAUGCAGGUGCCCUGCUACUUUGCCCUCAGUUGGUACAUAACCUGGUUCUCGCACGAUGUGAAGAGCUUGACUGAGGUCGCAAGGCUGUUCGACCUGUUCUUGUCUGCCCACCCGAUGAUGCCACUGUAUGUGGGGGCAGCAUGCAUGGCGGCGGCCAGGGAGGAGCUCAUCUAUGUCGAUGACGUGUCGCUCAUGCACCAGGCACUGGUGAACCUGAGGAUUGGAAAGUACAUCACCACUGAGGAAUUGAUAAGACAAGCGCUGGCCCUGUACGCAAAGGCCAAGCCCAAGCAGGUCUUGAGGCAACGGGGCCUACGGCCACAGUUCACUGUCACACCUGACGCCUUCAAGAAGGACGGCCUGUGGGAGGUUCCAGAAGCGCCCCUGCCCCGGCCCGUUGGCAUGCCUUUCGGGGCUCUCAACUGGGGCACAUGGUGGCUUAAGGGUGUGAGCCUGAUAGCAGGAGGUGUGAAGGUCAAGGUGUAUGCUGUUCUGUCUGUCUCUGGAUUGGUUGUUCUUUCUGCAUACUUCGUCACCAGGGUCCUGGAGCAUCAGAUGGACGAGCUGCAGGUACAGGUGUGGGAUGGGAUGUUCACCAGCAAGUAG